UUGGACUACCACCAGCAGGUCUAGAACCUAAAAUUGAACCAUCUAAUUGUCAUCCGACCAUGAAGACCGAUUUUUGCGAACGUAUUGCAACAGGAACUCUUAUUGUUAAACCAAACAUCGCGCAAUUGAAUGAAGAUGGAUCUAUUGAAUUUGUAGAUGGAACUAAAAUUGAGGAUAUUGAUGCAGUGAUUUAUGCUACCGGAUAUCAAAUUGAAUUCCCAUUUUUAGAUAGGGACAUUGUCUGUGAUAAAGAAGUGAUGAAAGAAUUUGACGAAGAAUAUAGGGAGAAUUUAGUUUGGUUGUAUAAGAGAAUGUUCCCACCAAAAUAUCCUAAUAUAGCCUUUAUUGGUUUAGCUCAGCUGAUAGGAGCGGUAUUUCCCUUGAGCGAAAUGCAAGCACGAUAUGUUACAAGUUUAAUCAAUGGUUACGUGCAACCACAUCCAUCGAUUCCCGAAAUGCACAAAGAGAUUCGAAAACGUCAAGAAUCCUUACAAAAAAUUUUUUAUAAUGCAGCAAGACAUACAAUUGAAGGCUUUUUUUACCCAGAAUUGGAUUAUUUAGGCAA